CUUUAGCACCAAGAAAGUGGAUCUCGACUCAAACACCAAAGUCCAUCCUUUUCUCUAUAAGCCACAAAUCUUUGGUAAUUGGUAUAUAUCAGGAAUCUUACCCUCUUGGUGGUAAUUGCAUGAUUGUUGACUUAAGAUUGCUGCAGGCAGCAUAUAAUUGGACAAAGCCAGACACAUCAUUAACCCUUGAGGGUUCUCCUUGGCCUCAAAGCCACAUGAAGAGCCGUGCAUGCUUUUUCAAAAGCUCAUGUUUAAUAGAAAAGAGGCAAUCAACACUUGCCUUAAAUUGAGAGAGGACUUUGCUGCUUUUUCUGCUUUGUGGAUAAAAGCUUUAGCAGAUAAGGUAUGCUAUCUCGCUUAUUUUUCCAUGAAUCGUUGAUAUAAUGUAAUGGAUUUCUGGGUAAAUGGAAUCUUAAAAUGAAUGGUACAUACUUUCUGGUUCUUACUCACAAUGGUAACUGCUUUAUGAUUUGUCAUUGUUGCACAGAUGUCCCUUUCGUACAGUAUGGGUUGGUGGAGUACACAUGCAUUUUACACUACAUUCUGUCGCUUUACUCACUCACUUGCUGGUAUAUUUAUAGGUAAUAGAGUCCUGUUAUGCUAUAACUGAAGGCUGCCAUGGGGAAUUUCAUAGCCCACAUCGUGCCUGGUUUGGCUUUAACUCUUCUUGGCUUAUGGCACACCAUCAACACUACCAGGUCCUACUGCAACAACAAGACCUCUACAAACUUCAUCGUCAAGUUUUGGCACCCAUUUAAUUGUCCUUUUUCCAGGCUCAAAUACGUGGAGCCUAUCCUCAUUCUAUCCUUCUGUAUAUUAUCAGUUUUGGACCAAAUUUUCGAUUUCCCUCUCUUUCGCUUCUCCUUCGAGCUUGUCAACUUGGAACAUGCAACCAUGUUCCUUCACCUUGCCAUCUUUGCAGGUUUCAUCCUUUGCACAGAGAUAACUCGAUCAUCUCACAUCCUGUCUAGUUUCACUGGGAUACUCGCCACUUCCCUCUUCAGCCAAGAGCUUUUCCUCCUUCAUUUCCACUCAGCUGACCAUGUCGGUCUAGAGGGCCAUUACCACUGGCUCCUUCAGCUUAUAAUAUUCACCUCUCUCCUAUCAGCCUUAGCUGCCACUUUUCUCCCAACUAGCUUCCCGGCAGCCCUUGGUCUUUCAGUUUCAGUAGUAUUCCAGGGAUGUUGGUUUAUGAACAUGGGGUGUAUGCUGUGGCUUCCUCAGUUUGUUCCUCAGGGGUGCUCAGUGAAUACGAUGCUGUCGGGUGGGAACAGCGGUUCCGUAAUUCAUGGAGCAGUCACCUGUGAAUCUUCUUACGCAGAUCAUAGGGCUAGAGCUCUUGCAAACUUGCAGUUCAGCUGGAUACUUUGCGGAAUCAUGUUGGUCACUGGUUGUCUUUGCCUGAAAUCAGCUGGGAAGUCCACCCGGAGUCUGCAGCAGUAUGAGCAACUCAACACCAUCAGAGGUGGUGAUAGUCCUGUCACCAUUAUCGAGGGCUUCAAGUAAGUCCGGCUCGAAGCACUAGCUACAUAAUCUAGUUUAAGAUGAUGAUGAUGAUAUGAUGGGCACCACUGUAGAAUGAAUAACUAAGGAUGCAUAUGUACUGAACUUAUCUUUCAAUACAAAGAAUGAAUAUCCAGGAGCAAAGUGAUACUGUUGGUUGUAAAGAUGAAAGCUUUCUUAUCUUCCCGAAGGUCAAAAAGGAAAGUUUUUUUUUUUAUGUGAUGGUAGAGAAAAGGAAAAGGGUUUGCUUUUGCUACUGCUUUCCCACUCGGAUCUCUCAAGCUCAAUUUGUCUUUGGGUUUCUGGCCAAGUAGAAAUGAUCAUCUGAGGAACGGUGAGACUAUAUGAUUGAUGCAAAAUUGGUCUGAUAUAGUGGUGCACAAAAGUUCAGUCCAAACCAUAUCGAGCCCGUAUCUUACCAAAUGAAAACUGUCGAGAUGUAUUGACAAGAAAGGAAUGAAGGGGGGAAAAAGUUUUUUCGCUGAAUGCCUGAAUCGGGAUUUGGUUUGGGGCCGUCGGUUGUCAAAACCCAAAUGCUCUUCUCGUUCUGGCAAUGCCAGGCAUGAUGAUCUUUUGAUUGGUCAUGGGCCUGAAAGCCUUCAUAAUUUGGGCUGUUUCUCGUUCUUUUCUGCUUUCUUUCCAACUUGGAUUUUAGAUCCAGCUUAGAGAGCAGUUGCAGGUAGUGAUGGCAAUGUGGCGGGGCGGGGCGGGGGCGGGUCGACCCAUUCUUACGUGUUGUUCAAAAAAAUACAAGUAAAUUUUACUUUUUACAAUAAAUCGUAGGGAAAAACACUUUAAGAAUGAAAAAUAUUGAUAAUAGAAUGGAUAAUUGAGCCUAACAAGUUGAAAGAUCGACUCUAACUAGUUGAAGAAAAGUCAAAAUAGGAGAAAUAUGUAUAGAUAUUGUACGAAAUUGAGAUAAAUGAGUCUAGAACGGGUCGGGGCAGGGCGGGACAGAAGUAGAUACCCAUGCCCCGCCCCACGCUACCGCGGGUCGGGUAAUACCCGCCCCAUCGCGGGUCAGGUCAGGUAAUACCCCCGGGGCGGGUUGAAAUUGCCAUCACUAGUUGCAGGAUUCAUCCAUGAGAAUAUGAACGGGUCCUUUGAAUGUAUAAAUCAGCGGUGAAAAAACGAGACAAUUUAAUCAAUUUUCUAAUUUUACAAAAUGAAUCAUUUAGAACGAU